AUGCCGACGUCUCAGAGGCGUUUCCACACGAAAAGCCGGCGUGGCUGCAUUCAAUGUAAGAAGAACAGGACUAAGGUGAGUUCCUUUCCUGCCGUCAUCUUCGAAGCCUACCUUGUAGUCUCCACUUGCCUGAUUCCUGGUCUGCAGUGUGAUGAGGAAAAGCCAGUCUGUGGUAGAUGUGUCCGAACCGGCCAGAGCUGUUCGUUGAACUCGCUUGAGCCGGACCUGAUCAUCGUUGAUGGGUCGAAAAAGGCCGAAGCAAAAGCCGCAUGGAGAUCGAAUUCCCUCGUACGCUCCAGGUCUGGAUCAGAGGAAAAGUCUUCCAGCUCCGGUCUGCACACCUCUAUCAGUCCUGUCACGUCGACGUUUAAUAUCACGCCACGACGAUAUUUCGACCCGUCCGAGCGCGACCGUCUGAGGUUGAUGCACCAUGAUGAUCGAUAUACCUGCGAGACAAUAGCCGACCUGAUCCUUCCCACGCCCGAAGGACUCACCAUUAUGCGCCACUAUGUGCCCGAAAUGGCCUUCGAGCAUGAUUUUCUCUUGCAUGGAAUGCUAGGCUUGAGCUCGCUUCAUCUAGCCCUGUUGUCAAUGGAUGCUGGUGAAGCACAAGCUCGCGACAAACACAUCGGCCUUGCCAUGCAUCAUCACACUUGCGCGAUCCAGAUUUUCAAUCAACAGUCAUUCAACAUCACCGGCCACAACGUUGACGCCCUCUUUAUCUUCUCUGGCCUAAUAGUCCUGUACGCUUUUGGAUUCCAGCGUGUCACAGCGGGAUCUUCGGCUAGUCCGUUGGAUAAUAUUGUCGAGAUGCUGACGUUGCUUCGUGGGACUGGCACUGUCGCCAAAACAAGUUUCGAACGGCUGAUAAAUGGGCGGUUGAGUCCUCUGUUUAGACAGAUGAAACGUGCUCUCGCGGGACCGACGCCGAAACUGUCGGAACGAGUGGAAGACGUGCUCGCGAAACUCUUGGAGCGGGUGUUGGCGACUGCAUCUCCUGAGCGUGAGGUGUACGUCGAGUCACUCGCAGCACUGCGCUUGAAUAUCGAGCUUGCUUCGGCCGAAAGCUUGGCUCAUGAAGCUCCUAUCUCGACUUUCCCGGUAAUGUUGCCAGCAGGAUUCCUCCAAGUACUGGCCACCGGCGAGCCGCUGGCUCUGUCUAUGGUAGCGAACUAUGGGGUAAUUCUGCAUUGGUUGAGAGGGAACAUAUGGCUCGCUGAAUGGGGGAGGCAGACAGCAGAGACGAUACAGGCGAUUUUGUUGCCAGAGUGGCAGGAUUGUCAAUUGAGCCUGGAAGAAGAUGAGAGGAAGUGCAGGAGCUGUGAUCAGCGCUUGCAAAUAGGGAUGACAUCCGCAAGCAUCGGUAUCAAUUGUGCAGCAUUGGGAAGCUAG